CACACUGCCAGGCUAGCUAACGCACCGACCGCAACUCUGUCCCAGCCUCCCCUCAUGGCUUGCUGCAAGCUCUUCUCCAUCAUGUUGCUGGCCGCAGUCCUCGCCGCCGGCCCGGCGGUGGCGGCUGCGACGUCGGCACACCUGCACUUUUACAUGCACGACGUGACGGGCGGGCCGUCACCGACGGCCGUGCGGGUGGUCAGCGGCCCGCGCGGCUACUUCGGCAACACGGUGGUCAUCGACGACAAGCUGACCGAGGGCACGUCGCGGUCGUCGGCCACCGUGGGCCGCGCGCAGGGCUACUACAUGGUGGCGUCGGUGGCCAACCUGGAGCUCUUGGUGAGCAUGAACGUGGUGCUCACGUCGGGGCCGUACGCCGGCAGCUCGCUCACGGUCGUGGGGCGCGACGACGUCGGCACGCCGGUGCGGGAGCUCUCGGUGGUCGGCGGCACGGGGCAGUUCAGGAUGGCGCGUGGCUAUGUGCUGUGGAAGACGGUCACCCCUGAGAUCCUCGACCUCGAGAUCUUCGUCAAUCCUUGAUCAAGACUGCUGUGUUCCUGCUUGGAUGGUGAGAUUGCCUAGAAUCAGUUGGCAGGAUUGAAUCAACCAUUGGACCCAUCAGCUUGGUCGCCUCAGUGGCCAUCGUGGCCUCCUCAGUGACUUGUUGGAAACUUUACUUGUGUUGUGGUUAAACUAGAACUUAUACUUGUGGGUUACUUGUCUUAAGCAUAUACUUGUGGUUGUGAACGGAUCUUCUGAUGAUGACGCUUAUUUGUGUGUUGUGAAUGUUAUUUAUAUGCUUGUGAUGCUUAAUAUAUGUAUGUGAUAUUUGUUUGA